AUGGACGACCUCCACCCCGCAGAACCCGUGCGCAAGGCGCUGCUACAGCAGCAGCUACAGGUCCGCACAAAAAUCAAGCACCAGAAACUAAAAUCCAGCUUCGUGGGCUACAUUGUAGUGCUCACGUUCCUCGCAGUACUACAGUUCAUAGGCGUCUAUUUUUUCACGCUGGGGUUUCUUCUUUCGAGGCAGGUGCUCCCGAACAUCGCGCUGUGCGCUGCCGAAAACGGCGCUUCCAAUUGUAUGGAUGCCCGCUUCUCGAAAAUGGUCGUGGUGGUGAUCGAUGCGUUGCGGUUCGACUUUGUGAUCCCGGUCGAGGGGGCCGCGGAGGCCGCGGAGGGCCGGCUGAAUGUAGUGGAUCUGGCCAAUCCGUAUUUCCAUAAUAAUUUCCCCGUGCUUUGGGAGCUUGCGCAGGAAGAGCCUGCAAACGCGGUGUUGUUGAAGUUCAUGGCUGAUCCGCCAACGACAACGCUCCAGCGAUUGAAGGGGCUCACGACGGGCUCGCUCCCCACGUUCAUUGACGCGGGCUCAAAUUUCAAUGGAGACGCCAUCCUCGAGGACAAUUGGCUCUUGCAGCUCCAUGCAAAUGAGAAGAGGGUGGCUUUCAUGGGCGACGACACCUGGACGGCGCUCUUCGACCAGUACCUUUGUCCCGCGCUCAACUUUCCGUACGAGUCGUUGAACGUGUGGGAUCUCCAUACCGUCGACAACGGAGUUAUCGAGCACAUGUUUCCGCUCCUACAUCCUCAGAACAGUACACAGUGGGAUGUAUUGAUUGGCCAUUUCCUCGGCGUGGACCACGCGGGUCACAGAUACGGACCCAACCACCAUGCUAUGAAGGACAAACUUGCCCAAAUGGACUCCGUAAUCCGUCGCAUAAUCAGUGAGAUUGACGACGAGACUCUUCUUGUAGUGAUGGGCGACCACGGCAUGGACAAAACGGGAAAUCACGGCGGAGAAAGUCCCGACGAGCUUGAAAGCACGCUUUUUAUGUACUCCAAGCAAAAAAAUACCGCUUUUUGUCGCAAAGAUGACUCUUUCUACGACACCUCCAGCUUUGGCAAGAACUACCGCCAGGUCAACCAAAUCGAUCUUGUGCCCACCAUUUCCCUCUUGAUGGGGUUGCCUAUUCCUUUCAACAACCUAGGAUUUCCUAUAGAGGAGGCUUUCGGCUCUGUCGAGGAACAAUUGCGCGCGGGAUAUCUCACAACACAACAGAUCAUGCGCUAUAGAAACGAGUCCACUGAAGUGCAAGGUAAUCCAGAGGUCGUGUCGCUAUACUCCAAGUUGACUGAUCUUUACAAUUCACUUGAAGAUGGUUCCGAAUCUUCUACAGCGUUACUUGAAGGGUUUGCCGAGUUUCAGAGUUUGUUCUUGGAGUACUGUAAAGGCUUAUGGGCUAAGUUCGAUCUAGUUCUCAUGAGCUUGGGCAUUGCCGUUCUCAUCUUGUCCUUGACUGUGCUCACCACAUAUUCUAGAUCUAUCCCUUCCGUAAGGGUGCUGACUCUCUCAUUUGAGUUCAUUGGCUCGUUCAUUGCAAUGUCGCUUUUGGGACUAGUCCUAAGUUUAUCCAUUUAUGUGGUUCUUCGUCCUCCAGCCGUUUCACUCAAGACCUGUCUCUUGACUGGAUGUGCCGCCGGCAUCACCAUCGGAUUUUGGGCACCUAUCAUGGACCGUUUCAGCAUUCUGUGGCUCUGGCACCAAAUCUGCGACUUUUUUGUCUACAAUCUCAACUUCUUCUCGUUCAUGGGAUUGUUCUUUAUGUUCCUGCACUGUCUUAUUUUUGCGUCCAACUCAUUUGUUGUGUGGGAAGACAAACUAAUCCUGUUAUUUAUAUCGACUGUGGGCUUCAGCUGCUUGUACACAGCUGCCUUUGGAAACAUGCCUAGAGCACAAAAGAUCUUGGGCAUUGCCCAUUCCUUAACCUUCAUUGUUCUUUCUCGUAUCGUCACGAUGAUUAAUUUGUGUCGUGAAGAGCAAGGAAGUAUUUGCAUUCCAACAUUCAAAACUACAUGGUGGAGUGUUCUACUCUUAUUUUUAUUAGCAUUUAUUGUUCCCAAGAUCAUCAAGUCAUUCUACAAGCUUUCCUCCAGCUACCACUCUGCAGCACCAUUGUGGAUAGAAACAGGAAUGACUUUCUUGAUGUUGAUGAACGCCUGUUACUGGUCUCUCGAAUUCAUUGAGAAUGACGAUUACUUACAAAAGUACGUGAGCAAUUGGCUCAGCUUGGAGAUUAUUAAAUCUUUUAAAUUGGCAAUAGCACGAAUUGUGCUUUUUAUCGCAUUGAUUCUUGCCAACUUCAGCUGGACCCGUGGACCUCUUUGUGUGAAGAUAGACUUUUCUAGACUGUCAACUUCGACUAAUGAAGGAGAUGCCAGUCAUGGUUCCGAACCUUCAGAAUCUCCACAGGAAUCUGAACGCCCAGCUGCCACGAUUUUGGGGUAUGAAAAUGUUUAUGGCUCCUCAUUUUUCUUGCUCGUGAUCAACGUGACCGUUGCUGUUCUCAUUGUAACAAAACCACUUGGAGCUAUUUCUAUCUGCAUCUUAAUUGUCCAGAUUUUGUCUCUCCUCGAACUCUUUGACAUCUUAGAAUUGAGAAGAAAUCUUAUUGCGCCCGUUACAUUCGGCCUUUUGGGAUAUCAGCAUUUUUUCAGCACGGGGCAUCAAGCCACGCUAUCAUCUAUUCAAUGGGACGUUGGUUUCUUGACUACACAAUCGAUUGUCUUUCCUUUCACACACUUGAACAUUUUGUUGAACACGUUCGGCUCCUUUUUCAUUGUGUGCAUCUCAUUACCGCUCAUUACUUUGUGGAGACUUCCACCAACAGCCAAGCCAAUUACUAUCUUGUCACAGAUCGUGACUAACGUAACUACAUUAAUGACCUAUCAAACUAUGACGAGUAUUAUGAGUUUCGUCUUCGUGGCUCAUUUCCGGAGACAUCUCAUGGUUUGGAAAGUCUUUGCUCCUAGAUUCAUGUUGAGUGCGCUUUUGUUAAUUGUGUUCAACGUGACGCUUACAUUGGUAACAAUGUGGUUCUCCACUAGACGCCUUUUGACACAAGUCAAUCGGAUUUUUGGCAAAUGA